UUAGCAUUCCAUCCGAACCCAAGAGAAUUCCAAGUAUCAUCACCACCACUCGUAUUCCAUCCAAAAACAUACCAAGUAUAAGGUCGCUCCUCUCUCAGAAAGUUUCAAAGGUUUUUUUUUUUUUGGAAAAGAAAAGGCGUAGAUGCAUUCCCUUGGAUUCAACCUACAGGCGUCUCCAGUUCAAUCCAAACCCAAAAUUCUGAAACCGAGACAUUCGAGCGCAUCAAACAGACCCUAUGAAACCGAACCGGGACCAUCCUCCUCGGCCGGUAAGAUCAAACGGCUGGUACUCAGCAACGAAGGCCGUACAAAACUGAACCUCGAUCCUGACCGUGAUUUCUAUUCCUACCCGCGUUUCGUGAACCACGUGGACGACCGGUUCAUAUCCGCCUUAACCGAUUUGUACAGAGAGCGGAUAAGGCCCGGUUCGGUCGUACUAGACCUGAUGAGCUCAUGGGUAAGCCAUUUACCGGAAGAGGUUAAGUACGAGAAAGUGGUGGGUCAUGGUCUUAAUGCACAAGAGCUCGCUAGGAACCCUAGACUGGAUUACUUCUUCGUCAAGGAUCUUAACGAAGACCAGAGGUUCGAGUUCGACGACCAGACCUUUGAUUCGGUUUUGUGUUCUGUCGGCGUCCAGUACCUCCAAGAACCCGAAAAGGUGUUUGCGGAAGCGAACAGAGUAAUGAAAGCGGGAGGAGUGUUCAUAGUGAGUUUUAGCAACAGGAUGUUUUAUGAAAAGGCCGUAAGGGAAUGGAGGGAAGGGAGCGGCUACAGCCGCGUCCAGUUGGUGGUUCAGUACUUUCAGUGCGUUGAAGGCUUCACUCAGCCUGAGGUCGUCCGAGGCGGAGACCAGACGUCUGUUCUUGAUCGGCUCCUCGGGUUUCUUGGUCUUUCUUCUGGACCCGACCCCUUCUAUGCCCUUGUUGCUUAUAAGAGCUUCAAACCUUUAUACCACUAGUUCGAUGCAAUCGACAAGUUUGCUGUUUUGCUGAAUAGCGGUGACAUAUAGGAUAUAUAUAUAUAUAUAUAUAUAUAUAGGUUUUGCUUUUUCUUGUGGGGUUAGUGGCCUCGACAAGAAGUAAAUAUCAUUUCUUUGGGACCGCCUUCCUUUUUUUU